UGCAAGCAGACCCAGGAUCCCAAAAGAUCCCAGGAGUGGAGGGGAUCCCAGAGAUCCUUUCCCCUCCCAAGGGACUUAGCUGGAAACGGGGGGACCAUACAAGGCACCCCAAAAUGGAGGGCCUGCAAGAAAAAUGGAGGACACUCCACAACAAAAGCUCAAACACACUCCCUAGAAGUGGGAAUUCAAGCUUCUGAAGUCAGGCUCACAAUGGAGGCUGGUUUGGACAUUCCUCCUGGACAGAAAAUAAAAGCUAAGAAACACUCAUAUAAAUAUAAAUGUUUCCUAGUUAUGCUCCAAAUGGAGGACAUUUUGGGAUUACUCCUGGACACAAGGUUGAAAGGUAGGACAGGCCCUGGAAAAGGAGGACAGUAGUCACCAGAUGUCAUAACCACAAAGGAGGACAAGGGCUGCUGAGGCAGACGGUUUCUUUCCCUGAUGGCUGAGUCUCUGCGCUUGAUAGCCGGGAAGUCUGGCUGUGUGGUCACUGUCUCGCGUUCCCCUGACAGCAGUGAAGCUGUGGGCGCUUUGUCCGAAGGGCCCUGGAGUAGCAGCGGUGUCCUCUUGGCUCCUGACCCGGGCAUUGUCCUCUGCCAUGGCUCCAUCUUCUCCCCUUUCCUGCUGGAACCGGAGCACCUCGACGUGUCCCAAUGCAAAGUACUGCUGCCUGAGAGCUUCUCCACAGAUCUUCGAAUCCAGGUGCUGGGCACAGAGGAAGGAAGCAGUCAAACUCCGUGCAGGAGUUGGCUAGGUGGUGACCUGGGAGACAACAUCCCAGUGUUGCGGUUCAACCCGCUUUCCAGUCUGCAAAAGACUCCCAAUGGCCUGAAGCAUCGGGAAGCCCAGCUGGUUCUGAUGGCCCCCUGCCUGCAAUUCCAGGAGGCUUUUGCCAAAAUCUUCACUGCUUCCGACCAGUGGCAUUUUGGUGGGAAUGAGGUUGGACAAGAAUCUGGUUCUGCUGUGGAUGACAUGCGUUUCUUGCACUGGUUUGCCUUGCUGAGAAUCCUGGACAGCCAUCUCCCUGGUGCUGGGUGGCUGAGCUGUGCACCAGCCAAGUGGCUGAGGAAGGGGGACCCGGUCAUUACCUGUGGCUCCCCUUUUGGCGCAUUUUGCCCUGACAUUUUCAUGAAUACCCUCAGCAAAGGGAUUGUGAGCAACUUUGCUGGAGAAGGCAAUGCCCUCAUUCUGACAGAUGCCCGCUGCUUGCCUGGCACGGAAGGCGGUGGCAUCUUUGCAAUCUCAAAAGCUGGAUUCCACUUGGUUGGCAUAAUUGUUGCUCCGCUUUGCUGGAAAGCUAAUGAGUGGGUUGGUCUGACUCUGGUUUGUGCCGUCGACUGCAUUCUGGAAAAUAUUGGGAGUAUCCUUUCUGGACCCCCUUGGUUUUGCCAAAACUGGUUACGCCCCAUGGCACUGGCAGCUAAGCCUCGUGAUGGUUUGAUAGCCAAAGAUGGGCUGGUUCAACAGAUGUUAGCCACUGUGGUUCUGGUGGAAUGUGGACCAACCUGGGGGUCUGGUGUGAUGGUGACUUCAAGGCUUGUGUUGACCUGUCGACAUGUGGUCAGUGGUGCCUCUAGCGUAUGUGUGAGAUUACAGCCCCAUCUUGGAAAGGUUUCUGUAGCUAAAGGAAAGGUGGUUUUUGCAACCAAGGACUCUUCUCCCUAUGAUGUUGCUCUCGUGGAGUUAGAGGAAAGUUUAUCCACUUUUGCAGAGCCUGUUCUUGCAUCAGAGUUUUGCCCAGGUGAAGAAGUGAGUGUUGUUGGCUUUGGUGUCUUUGGGCAAGCCUGCAGCCCAUCUGUAACAUCAGGGAUCCUUUCAGCUGUGAUCACUGUGGAAGAUAAGCCUGUGAUGCUUCAAGCAACCUGUGCGGUUCAUGGUGGCUCAAGUGGGGGAGCUCUCUUUGCUAGGCGCAGUGGAAAACUCCUAGGUAUCGUGGCCAGCAAUACCAGGGAUAACAGCAUAGGUGUGACGUAUCCACACCUGAACUUCAGCAUUCCCAUUACUGUCCUGAAGCCAGCCAUUUUGGAAUUCAUCCACAACAGAAGCCUCCGUGCCUUCAAGGAGUUAGACAGGGUGGGUGACAGGAUCCAGGUUGUUUGGAGGCUCCAAAGAGAACCAGAAGAGAUACCUCUCAGCAAGUUGUGAGAGUCUUCAGAAGCAAGAGGGAAAAUGUGUACAGAUCAGUCACAUGAGGGUGGGAAGCUCCUAUCUCUAGAUGCCCAACUAAGUUAUGAAAUGCACAUUAAAUUUUGGAAUGGUUUGCUUUGUGAGGCAUUGGAUUUGGUUUUAGCAGGAUUUUCCUCACCUGAACUCAAGUUUGGAAAUGUUUCAUUUUAAACUACAACCCCCAUAAUCCCCCAGCCAGCAUGGUCAGUAGCCAUGCUGAUUGAGGAAGGGCAUUCUGGGAGCUGUAGGCCAAGAAAGCAACUUUCCUGGGCUGUUUUUAAAAACCUUUCCGACAUUUUGAGUAAUUUAUCUCUUUCCUUAAACUGGGUAUAGGGAACUUAGGGAACAAAACAAUCUUGCCAGUUGUUGAACGACAACAGUGUUGUGGUUGGACCAAAAUCCCUUGCCAUCAGGCACAUUGGCUGAGUCUUAUGGGUUUGUAGUCCAAAACACUAUGAAGACCCCAAAUUCCCCACUUCUGCCUUAAUUCUUUCACCAUGGCUGCCUCUUAUCCCCAUAUGUGUUUCCAUCUAGUUGCAGCCAUCUUGCUGCAAAAUCCACCUUUUUGUGUGUGUGAAGCCUCUAGUUUUAUCCCAUUAAAGCAACAUUUCCUUAAUUUUACUAUGGUGUUCAAUAAUUAAAUAAUAAAGUUACAGAUGACGGAAUAAUAAUAAUCAUAAUAAUA